GUUGUGCAGAUGAGCCAGGACUUGGAUACCGUCGUGUGUAUAUGUGUAUUGGUGAAUCGGCGCGUCGUUUCUUCGGCGUGAACAAUGGAUUGUGCGCGUUACAAGUGCGAAUAGUUAGGUUGGCAUUUUUGUGAAAUUUGAAUCAGAAUGCGACGAUCGCGGGUGCCUCACGACACGUUUGGAUUACUCCGCUCCUGAAAAUAUAUAUAUAGAAAGAGUGAGCACAGAAAAACCUAGGUGUUGUUGCAUUCUCGUUAGUUUGAGCGCCAAUUUUUUGGAGGAAGGACCGACCGUGAGUUGUGAAGGAAGCGCAGACAAGUGAAUAAACAUAUAAAACAGUGAUCAGAGAAAAACAUAUACGUUGUUGUUUGUUGUUAUUGUUGUUAAGAAGAUUGCAGUGAUUAGUUGGGAUUAAUACGUUAAGAAAAGAGAUCUUUUGGUCAUCCGGGUGUGCGUACAGUGUUUUACCAAGUGGUGGUACAGUGAUGUAUUUACGGUGAUAUAAGUGAACAAGCGUGGUUUGAACAAGCCAAGCCAUGUACCCGACCCCCGCCAGGCACCCAUCUGCCGCGGGUCCACCACCUCAGGGUGGUCAAAUAAAAUUCACGAUUGCGGACACGCUGGAAAGGAUAAAGGAAGAAUUUAAUUUCCUCCAGGCACAAUAUCACUCCUUAAAAUUAGAAUGUGAAAAAUUAGCUGGCGAGAAGACUGAAAUGCAACGUCACUAUGUUAUGCAGUAUUACGAAAUGUCUUAUGGCCUUAAUGUGGAGAUGCACAAACAGACUGAAAUUGCCAAACGACUUAACCAAAUUAUCGCCCAAGUGCUGCCCUUCCUUGCGCAAGAACACCAACAGCAGGUCGCCUCAGCAGUGGAAAGAGCGAAGCAGGUGACCAUGACCGAACUGAAUGCUAUUAUCGGGCAACAACAACAACAAGGUCUACAACAGUUGCUUCAACAGAUCCAUGCGCAACAAUUGCCUCACGGUGCCCACGGUCCAGGUGGUCUACCAAUGGGACCGCAUCCCGGACUUCCUGGCAUGGGUCCCGCAGCCGGUCUACUCGGUUUCGGGGGCGGCCUACCUGGGGCCCCCGGUGGUCCUCAUGCUGCCGCCAUCGCAGGAUGUGCACCGCUCCUGAAGCCCGCCGAUCUUCAUGCGAGGGAGCCCGCGGAUUUGAAAACUGGUCCAGGAUCUGCUAACACCGAAGAAAGACUGAAUUCCGUAUCUCCAGGCGAAAGAGAUAAAUACCGAUCUCGAUCACCGGCCGAUGUCGACCAGGAUCUGAAGCGAAGGAAAGAGGAUAAAUUGGGACACGAAAGCGAUGGAGAAAAGAGCGAUCAGGAUCUCGUCGUGGACGUGGCGAAUGAGGAAGCUCAAUCGCCUCAUCCGAAUGGAGAACAUCCGGCCCUCAGCGGCGGUGAGAUCAGAGAGAACGGUAGCACGAACGGUGACAAAGUCAAGAUGGAACGACCUCCGAGCCGAAGCGGCUCCUCAUCCUCCAGAAGCACGCCUUCCUUGAAAAGUAAAGAUGAAAAACCCCUCACGCCUGGUUCAAAACCCCGAUCGACAACGCCGAAUUUAGGCGCUGGGCCUGCGGGUGGCGGACCUAAAGUUGGAGCCAUGGGCCAGUAUCCACCGUACGCCUUAGCCGGUGGUCGUGGACCUGAGCACAUGAGUCCUUAUAAUAAUGUGGCACAAUCACCGUACGGACGGCCCCCUCUCAUAGGCUAUGAUGGUCAUCCCCAUGCACGAACUCCAGGUAUCGCCACAAAUGGCUUAGGUGCUAUUCCUGGUGGAAAACCAGCGUAUUCGUUUCAUAUGAAUGGAGAAGGGCAACUUCAGCCGGUUCCCUUUCCGUCAGAUGCCUUGGUAGGUCCAGGUAUACCAAGGCAUGCGAGACAAAUAAAUACCUUGAGCCAUGGAGAAGUUGUGUGCGCAGUAACCAUCUCGAAUCCGACCAAGUAUGUAUAUACUGGUGGAAAGGGAUGCGUUAAAGUUUGGGACAUCAGCCAACCAGGGUCGAAAAGCCCGGUGUCCCAACUGGAUUGUCUGCAAAGGGAUAACUACAUAAGAUCUGUGAAAUUGUUGCCGGACGGACGGACUUUAAUUGUCGGUGGUGAAGCUAGUAAUUUGUCGAUUUGGGACUUGGCAAGUCCAACGCCGAGGAUAAAGGCAGAACUCACGUCUAGUGCACCCGCUUGUUACGCGUUGGCUAUUAGCCCCGAUUCCAAAGUGUGCUUCAGCUGUUGCUCCGAUGGCAAUAUCGCGGUAUGGGACCUCCACAACCAGACUCUCGUGCGGCAGUUCCAGGGUCAUACCGACGGGGCGUCUUGCAUAGACAUCUCCUCCGACGGGACAAAGCUCUGGACCGGAGGUUUGGACAACACAGUUCGCAGCUGGGAUCUCCGAGAGGGAAAGCAACUUCAGCAGCACGACUUCAGCUCCCAGAUCUUCUCGCUGGGUUACUGUCCGACAGGCGAGUGGUUAGCUGUGGGUAUGGAGAAUUCGCAUGUCGAAGUACUUCAUGCCUCCAAACCUGAUAAGUACCAGCUGCACCUUCACGAAAGCUGUGUCCUGAGUCUCAGGUUCGCCGCUUGCGGUAAAUGGUUCGUCUCGACCGGGAAAGACAACCUCCUGAACGCUUGGAGGACACCCUACGGCGCCAGCAUAUUCCAAUCGAAGGAAUCCUCCAGCGUACUGAGCUGCGACAUCUCGGCCGACGACAAAUACAUUGUCACGGGGUCAGGCGACAAAAAAGCCACCGUCUACGAAGUUAUUUAUUAAUAACUGUUUGAACAUACAUGCGUUUGGGGCCAGGCGAUAUCAUUGAGGCGAAAGCACUACACUUACACGUAUAUUCGUAUAUAUACAUACACACACAUGUAUAUAUACAUAUAUAUAUUUAUAAAAAAGUAUAUAUACAAACACAACAAAUGAAAUGAAUUUCUAGUGUACCUACUUACCUACCGAAUGAAAAAUGAACUUAACUAAACGGAGACUCUCAGUGAUCAACAAUAGUGAAAUAGGCACAAUUUAUUGAAUUUUGCAACACUUAUUUUAUUAUUUCUACAAUUUGUUAUUUCGUUCCUCCUAAUUAUCAUCUAUAUUAUUUCCUUGAUUUAUAGAGUGUCCACUCAUUACAAGCAUGUAAAUUAGUAGUAGUUUCCGCCGUUUCAAGCAGAACGCCCUUAUUCCCUUUAUACAUAUACAAAAUAUAUAUAUAAACAAAUAUAUAUUUUUCUGUUGUGUCUU